AUGUCUUCGCCAGCCGGCGCUAACACUGCACCUUUGGAACCCAAUGUGGUGAUUGCGAAUGAAGUUCACGACGCGGUUGGGGUCGACGAUACAGACCACGUGGAAUUUGAUUUGGAUGAGUUGAAGGAACAGCUCGGAAUAGAUAGUAUUCUUGAAAAGCUCAACGACCUUGCUGCAAAGUUCUGUAGCGAGAAAUCUAGGACUGAGUACUCUGGUUCAGAGGCUCAUAAUUCAAAGUCCUCUUCAGAAACCGCCGAAGGGGUUUUUGACCCCUCGGCCGCAGUAGUUUCACACGAAGUCGCCUCGACUAAUGAGCCUCACGAGGAGGAGUUUAAGUUCCCUUCGGUCUUCGAGGAAACCGAAAGUUUUGGGCCUGAAGUGGCUGAGGUCAUUGCUCAACGUGUUAAUGACGCUUUCAAAAAAAAGCCAUGGAUUCCAAGUUAA